ACUACUAGUCAAUAGCGCCGUUUGCUGUUCAAAAUACGAAAUGGCAAAUACGGUUCUGACGUUUCUUCUAUGGAAUAUUAUGUGACCAUAACAUUUGAUUAAAGAUAACCUAAAGUCAAAGUAAGGGGGCGUUUAGGGUCACAAAAUUGAUAAUCGCCCCUUCCUGUCUGCUGUUCACUGGUCUGCGCCAGUUGCGCUUCAUCCGACCAACAACAUUGACAUGCCUUGUAGUUAGUCAGUCGUCCUUCAAGAGGAAGCAUAAGGGAGACGGAAUUCAGAACCGUUGGAAAGCAAACUGUUGGGGACCAUGGCCGACAAUAAGAUGGGCCCGAACCUGCAGUCUGGUGCCGGAUUCCUCGCUAAAAGGGUCCAGAAGUCUUUGAAUCGUGCACAAGAAAAGGUCCUUCAAAAACUGGGCAAAACCAUGGAGACCAAGGAUGAACAUUUUGAGGUUUGCUCACAGAACCUCCACAAACAACAGGUGGAUGGAACUAGGUUGCUUAAAGAUGUCAAGGCCUACUUUGGUGCAGUGAAAGCUUUACAUGAGACAUCCAAGCGACUGUCUCAGACGUUGCGAGAGGUAUACGAACCUGACUGGGAUGGAAUAGAGGACCUUGCUGUCAUUAUUGAAAGUGAAGAUUUACUUUGGAAUGAUUACGAAGAGAAAAUGAAUGACCAGAUUGUGCGCACCAUGGAAAACUAUACGAGUCAGUUUCCAGAGGUCAAGGAAAGAGUUUCUAAACGUGGUAGAAAGUUAGUGGAUUAUGAUUCAGCACGUCACCACCUGGAAUCGCUGCAAAGUGCCAAGAAGAAAGAUGAUGGUAAAAUAGCUAAGGCAGAGGAGGAGUUCAACAAAGCCCAGAAUGUCUUUGAAGAGAUAAAUAAUGAGCUGAGGGAGGAGAUGCCUGCUCUAUAUCAGAGCCGCAUUGGUUGCUAUGUGACUGUCUUCCAAAAUGUAUCAAAUCUGAGAGAUGUCUUCUAUAAAGAAAUGAGUGUGCUUAACAGGGAUUUGUACAACGUGAUGAAGAAACUAGAAAAUCAACAUUCUGGAAAAGCGUUCAUCAUAAAGGGUCUGAGCAGCCCCAAAAGGAAGUCAAAGAAGAGAAGGUCCUUGGCCAUCUCCAGUCCAAUCCCGUGCAACACAGCUUUCCCAGCCGAUCACAUAUCCAUCAAUUUCACAACGCAAAAUGGGGAUGCUGUUGCACCCACCUCUCCUGAACCACAAACUCAAAGCAUCUCAAGCGAUAUCAGUAGAGAAGAGGAUAGUGGCAUCCCCACCCAAAUUGGGGUCUCUUCGGACUCUGACCUUAGCUCUUGUGAUAACAGUACACACCAUAGGCAGUCAGUGUGUGUCAGCGAGCCCAGUGACAGGAGCACAAGUGAAAGUUUAGAGGAGGUGGAAGCAGAAGCUGAACUAUCUACAAAUCAAUGUGAAUCUGGUGUCUCGAAAUCUGAAGUUUCAAGUGAAGAAUCAGCCAUUCCCUCUGAUUGUGCACUUAGUGAUGCACCACACAUUCCCAACCAGGAAGACAAUGCAAGUGAAGCGCAAUCAGAGGAAGUCAAGACCAAAAAUGCACCAAUUCCUGCCCCUCGUCGAUCGUUCCGCUCGGAGAAAGAUCUUUUUCCUUCUGCAAUGGAGAACCAGGAGGAGACAAAAGGAGACUUUGACACCAAGAUGUCCGCUGGGUCACAAGAUGACUGUGAUGGUCAAUAUCCACCUGGCUUUCUCUAUAAGAGGGUAGCGCUAAAGAGCCAUGCAGAACCUGAAGGUGGCCAGCUCCAGUUUGAAGAGGGAGACAUAAUCCUGGUCUUUGCUGACACACAGAAGGAAGGUCUGGUAAGAGGGGUCAAAGAGGAGAACUGGCAACUGCACAGAGAUCUUGAAAAUCAUGCUGGGACUUUCUCAGAAGACUUCAUUGGUCCUGUUCAGGCGGAAUGAGGCAAUAUUCACUUCCUCCCAUGAGGAGUUAGUGACUCACACACACAAACACACACGCGUGCACAUGUUCCAGUUCGCAUGCAAAAAGUCCAAAUUGUUUUGGGUGUGGAAGCUUCACAAACAAAUUUCCAAGUCCUUUGUGGAUACUCGACAUGUUUUGAUGUUGCAACUUGUGGAACAAAAUGAAACAGUUGAGCUAAAUUUUCGGGAAAUCUUAGGACAACUGAAACUUUUCAUUGUAUUUUCAGUAUUUGUAUUUUUAUGAUUCUCAUGAAAGACUGAUAUUUUGUAAUGCUGCUGAUAAUAUUUGUCAAUAAAGUUGGA